AAGAGGGUAGAAUGGAAUCAAACAGACCACCGCCUAAGAUGGGAAACCAGGAGAAACAAGUAGUAGAGGACGGAAAUCACAAUAAUACUUCUCGCUACACACGUCAAGAUACCCGCCGUGGAAUCUCCAUCUUCAUCGUUGUCAUCCUUCUCCUUGCAGGCAUAACUGCAGGCGUGCUAUGGAUAGUUUACCAUCCCCACAAGCCGAAAUUUUCAGUUGUCGAUGCGUCGGUCUUUGCCCUCAACAUUUCCUCUACUCCGUACAUCUCCAUUACCAUGCAGUUCACCAUCGUCACCAGAAACCCGAAUAAUCGUGUUUCCAUUUACUACGACCACCUCGCCGCUUUUCUUUUCUACAAAAAUCAGGCCAUCACUGCGCCACUAAUGCUACCACCUCUGUACCAUGAAAGGGACAGCACAGUAUCUUUUUCGCCGAUAUUGGGUGGUGGGAGUGUGCCGGUAUCAAUGGAGGUGGUUAAUGGGUUAGAGACUGAUGAGGGUUAUGGGGCAGUGAGCUUUCGGCUGGUUUUAAUGGGACAAAUGAGAUGGAAGUAUGGAGAUAUAAGAUCAGGUCGUAAAGGAGUACAUGUGGGAUGUGAUGUGUUCGUUGGAUUGAAGAGAGGGGUAGUGGGCCAGGUUCCUUUGCUUGGAUCUCCGGUGUGCAGAGUUGAUAUAUGAAACUGGUGAAGUGUCAUGCUUGUUAGCUUCUGACUUAACUCUUCUCUGGUUCUCCUCCUAUUUUCUUUUUAAUUAUAUGCAAGAAUUGUUUUGUUAUUUACGUAGUUAAUUAAGCUAGCUGUAUUGGAUUAACAAGAAUAAAACAGUGUCUUUUCUUUUCUUCAUUAUCACCUGGAAUACGGAGUCAUUAUGUAAUGGAAUACCAAAUGCAG